AUGGCCUACAAACAGUUCAGAAGACGUGCAAGACCGGCCGAACCCCGGGAUUGUCCCCAGCAUCGUACCGUUCAGAAGUCGUUUCUGAAUCAAAUCUGUGAAGACUGCCUAUUGGCCGAACUCGAUGCAGAACCGCUCGCUCUCGAAAAGACUGCUACUGCACUGUCUGGUCCUACACAUGCUUCUGAGAAUGGGGAAGGCCUCAUCUGGGACAGCGAAGUCAAGGUGGAAAUUCAGAGUCAGCCGUCGGAACAACCCAACAGUCCGGCGACUUCGGAUGCUUUCGUGUACGACAACGACUCACAAAGUGACCACAGCGGAAUCCUGGAAAGUCAGACUGAGGUCAAGGCCGAGGUCGACAGCAACAACGUAUCGGCAGAAGACGUCUCUUCUCCAUUGUUCCCGGCAUCUCACCAGGGGGCCAGCUCGGGCUCGUCUUCGGUAGCGACGUCUCCAAGUGCCCACAUAGUGGCCAAAGGUCGACCUACGUCCCCAGGACGUCGGAAUAAGAGAUAUGGUCUAACGUUCCAAGACACCGUCAUCUCCGAUGUGGGUGACGCUGACGAUGAAUUCGACAACGGGCCUAGUCACAAAGAUCCUUCCUCUUCACCAUACUUCCGCGGAAGGACUCUGACUCGCGGCAACUAUAAUAGCUUCGAACGAUGUGGGUCGAGUCCCAAUACAGAACCGACACUGGUUGGUGGCAAGAACAGUAUCCAUGUACUCUCGAAAUUCAAGAGUUUGAGACUGAUCUCGAGUUCACUUCGGCCCAGCUCAUCCUCGAGGGAUCAGGAUAAAUCGAUCGAUGCUGAAUCUCCGCCCGGAUUAACAACGUCCUCGACGUCCGCUGGGCCAAAGUCCAGGAACCCAUUCCGUGCGAUUCGAACUCGAAAAUGCUCACCGCCAGUGGUCGAGACUGUUGAAUCCAGACAGGGUUUGAUUCAAGUUAGUUUUGGCAACGACGAUCAUAACCUUUCCACAAACACGGAAUCCAACCCAAUUUCGCAGAUUCCGCCCCGAAAAUCUAACCUCAAAGCUUGGGCGCGCUUUCUCCGUCGUGGCAGACGUCGAGGCUACUCUCAAUUACCUCGUCAGUUGACGAGUCUAGCUUCCAACCCGACGGGCUCAUGGUCCCACAAUCGUUUUGAAUACCAUGAAGAAGUAGAUUCGCUUGUCUUGGGGUCGACAUCGCAUUCACACUCUGCCUUCGAUACGGGGUCGGGGAUUAAGAGCCUCGAAAUCGAAGGGAGAAAGGGAGUCGAGUCAGAAACCGAAAUCAGCUCAACGACGGCGAUUCUAAAUAUACCAGAAUCCUCGACCAUGAAUACUUUGCCGGCCACAAUCGGCACGUCCAAGGAACUGGAUUUUGGCCUGGGCAUCGAAAACGGAGGGAAACUGGCGCAGCAGCAACAAGAAAGCCUGGAAGACAAGAGCAUGCAAGAGCAAGCCGUCGCGGCAUCGGCAGCUAAGAUAGAACAUCUAUCAUUGGAACCCGACGAGAUCGCCCUACCAUCCUCUCCUAUUCCACCCGAAAAUCAGGCCCAGGUGAAGACCAGAAUUGACGUAUCAACAAGACCCCAAAGUCCAACCGCUCUUACCGCCCGGUGUGCCACAAAUGAACCAACCAACUUCACCGUAGCAGACAAAGCCGAUGGACGCGAAAGAGUGUCGAUGCCACAACUCGGUCCCAUUCAGACAGUACCAAAGGAUAUGUCGCACCCUCCACGUUCGAGCUCGCUCAAGUCUCUGGCAGACUCGCUUGAAGUGUCAGAACGGGUUUCGCGGCGGGAUGAGAUAUUGCCGGUCAACAUUUCUACUCCUCUUUCUCAGGUUGCUUGA